CCGAGGGGUAUUUGUUGACUGACCUGCGAAUACCUCUCACAAUCACAUUUGAAGCUCCGAAAUGGCACAAAGAACGCUUAUAAGGCCAAUCGGCCUUGUGUUAAGCUCUGCUCGUACACACCAAUUUGUUCGUCCUUUCAGCACCGUCCUCGAUGCCCCAAUUGAUCCCCAAACCCAAAACGUUACCCCACCAACGAACCGGAAAUCGUCGGUAUACGAAGAUGCUGUGAAUGCCACCGGGCCCAGGACAAACUGGACAAGAGAGGAAAUCGCGGAGAUCUAUCACACUCCACUAAUCAGGUUGACCAAUGCAGCAGCCUCGGUACACCAGCGGUUCCAUGAUCCAGCUGCUAUCCAGAUGUGUACUCUGAUGAACAUCAAGACUGGCGGCUGUAGCGAGGAUUGCUCAUACUGCGCCCAAUCUAGCCGAUACGACACAGGCCUAAAGGCUACUAAACUCUCCUCUGUGGACUCUGUAUUGGAAGCUGCCCGUGUCGCCAAAGAGAAUGGUAGCUCUAGAUUCUGCAUGGGUGCUGCAUGGCGUGACAUGAGGGGUCGCAAGACCAACUUGAAGAACAUCAAGGCCAUGAUCACGGGCGUCAGGGAGAUGGGCAUGGAGGCCUGCGUCACACUUGGUAUGGUCGAUGCCGAGCAAGCCAAAGAACUGAAGGAGGCUGGUCUGACUGCCUACAACCACAAUGUGGACACUAGUCGCGAGCAUUACCCUAGCGUCAUCACAACACGAUCGUACGACGAGCGCCUCAAGACCAUCCAAAAUGUCCAGGAAGCUGGUAUUCACGUCUGCACGGGAGGAAUUCUUGGUCUCGGCGAAAAGCCUAAAGAUCAUGUUGGUCUCAUCCACACAGUUUCCACCCUACCUGCACACCCCGAGUCUUUCCCCGUCAACGCGCUCGUACCGAUCAAGGGUACACCCUUGGGCGAGACUCAAUCAGUCUCUUUCGACGCAAUUCUCCGCACCAUUGCUACUGCACGACUGGUCAUGCCAAAGACAAUUAUCCGUCUCGCCGCUGGUCGCCACACUAUGCGCGAGGAGAAACAGAUCAUGUGCUUCCAGGCCGGCGCGAACGCCGUCUUCACUGGUGAAAAGAUGCUUACCACUGCUUGCAAUGGCUGGGAAGAGGACAAGGCCAUGUUUGCUCGAUGGGGCUUAAGGCCAAUGGCGAUGGAGGAGACUAUUGGAGAAGUGCGCAAGGCCGAAAACAUUGUUGCUGAGGCAGUCAAAGAGGCCGAGCAAACUCCUGCGGUUGCAUAAAUCUAUCUCCCUCGGCUUCAGCCCGUAGACUACCCGGAAUAUCAGUUGAAUUAAAGCCGAGCUCUGUUUUGCUCUUGGCCAUGCUGC